UGGCCUGUUUGGUAGACUUUUGCUGUUCACUGUUCAGUCAUUGCUGGGCCGUUUGAGCUCUUAGACGUUGACGUCUGUCACUGACAACCCUUAAUAAUAUUAAGCAUGUAUACAAAGCUGAUAGUAAAAUUUAAGGAGAGUGGUUUUGUAAAAAACGUGGUUUCCAUAUCUUUAGAUAUUCUUUUUGUGCUGCGUACUCCGUGUGUUAGAAAAAAACUUUCAGUUUAAAGUUGUUACUUAACAUUUAAGUGCUUUAUACUUGAUAUACCUCAUAUAUUUUAAGCAGCUGCUGCCACAGCGGGAGACUUGAAACCAGGGCAAUUUGUGAUAUUAGUGAUAGUGAUUGUAGACUUAAGGAUUUCUGGUAAAAUGCCUGUCAGAUCGACGGAUUUGAUAAAUCCUAUGGGUUUAUUGGACGAUUUGAGCAGCGACAUGCUCCCGUCUCCGGUAGUAGACGUUAUAUCGGCCCGACCGAAUACAGAACCCGUUUUGUCAGACGACAUAUGGAACAAGUUCGAGCUCGACUUCCCGGAGCUCUCGGGGAUCGACGACAUCUUCGACGAGAUCGACACCAACGAUGACUCCCUUUUGCCCUUUCUGAACGGCAUCUGUCAGAUCCGCAACCACGACUGCAUGUGGGCAGGCCAUUGCGCCAGCAAAGAACAUCCUACAGACGAGCCGCGCUUCCACAUGUAUUGUGCCAUCAACAGCUCCGCACCUGGCUAUACGAGGGCUCCCAUUGUGACGAUAAAACGAGAAAGCAAGCCGCCAGUGCCGUGUCAGCAAAGCCUUCUGAAACCGGCGGUUAGGGCAGCGGCUUGCGUCGUCCCGGUGAUGUCCACCAUGCACACGCCGCAGACACCCCCGAUGUCCGACGACGAGGAGACCAAAUGCAAGCCCACCCAGGUCCUGCAGAUCCUGAACCAGACCAUAGCCGAGUGCGAUCUGGACGACGACAGUGACCUUUGCGACUACAGGGGCGGCGACUACUUCGACGACGACGAAGACAUAGAGGUGAACGUGACGGAUCCCAGCCCUGCAGUCAAAGAAACUGCGAAAUCCAAUAUCCGGUCGUGCCAGUUUGCCGCCGAGAGCGACCACAGCUACCAUAAAGACAAGAAUGCCUCGAUGCACAUGCCCAAUCUCGGAAUAGACACCCCCUCAGAUUCCGAGGAAGAAAUCGAUGUCGUGUCAGUGACUGGGGAGAAGUCAACCAUAAAUAACAGAAUAUGUUCUCUCCCCACAAACCCAAGCGUACGUGAUCGUCAACAGAUCCAAAGACGAAUGGCCACAGCAAUAAGCAAAAACAGAAUAAACGGCAUAAAAACUAUUCUACCAAUUCGAAAGACAAGCACAGAAAAUAAUGCUCAGACGAAGAGAAAACUGCCAGAAUCUCGAGUCGUUAAGAGAACUCGACAAUACAGAACAUCAAACAAUUCACCGUAUAAAAGACGUUCAACUUUGGGUAAUAGUAGUGAUAGCGAAGCAGAACCUUCGGAGAAACGAAGCUUGCAUAAUAACAUGGAAAGACAAAGAAGAAUUGAUCUACGCAAUGCUUUCGAGGACCUGAGGUUACUCAUACCGGAGGUGAGCAAAAAGGAAAAGGCCGCAAAGGUAGUUAUUCUUAGAGAGGCCUCCAAAUAUUGUUAUCAGCUUGGGAAUACUUCCGUUGAUUAUAAUAACCAGCUCAAUGAAUUAAGACGAGAACAGGAACAGCUAAGGAGACGAGUAUCUCAGCUUAGAAGAAGUUUAGCAGCCGCGCGAUAAAUCAUAUGAGUAUUAGAUCGUCUAAUUUUUGGUUUAUUUCAAUUAUACAUUUAGUAAGAGAACACCCACGUCUUGAAAAAUAAUUUGAAUUGGUAAUUCAUAUAGGUACAUAAAUAAUUAUACUGUGAUUUCUUGAGUUUUUAGGGGUAGAGUAAUUCUUAAUUUUUUGUUUUUUUUAACAGGUUUUUAAAGAAUUUUUUUUAAUUUAUGCUGUCAAACACUUCAGAUGUUUUAUUAUAAUUUGGUGAUAAAAAUAAUGUGAUAACCUGCAUACGAGUAUAAUUUUUGUUCUCAUUCUGUUGAUUCAAUUUUGUUUUUGUGUUCUAAGAAUUUUUAAAUAAUUUAAAUUUAAGAAAAAAAUAAAAAAAACAUUGAGUAUUUAAAACAUAAGCAAUAAUGUUUUGUUCUUAUAUGUUCUAUUGUUAUUUGUGUUUAGUUACGUAAGUUUUGUACAUUGUUAGUUUUGAUAGCAUAGUUUUUCAUCGUACCAUUUUUAACGUGUGAAACUGUAAAUUAAGACAUAUUUUUAUAAUUUUAUCAGAGUUGUAUCUGGUACUUUACUUUGUACAAAUGUCUAUACUAAACUACCCAUUAUACAUUUUUUUAUUUUGUUAUAAAAUAAUUGAAGAAAACAUGUUGGUUUAAAUUUUGAAAACCCUAAACUAAUCCGUUUAUAAUUUUAUGUUUUUCACUUUCUUUUGAGAGAAAACAGAAUUACAGUUAAUUUCAUACAAUCAGUUUUAGGGUUGAAUAUUAUGAAGUGGGUAAUAUUUAUUCAAUUUGAGAAUAUAUAGCGGAUACAAUAUUUUACUAAACUAUAAUUUAAAAUGAGUAGCAUAAUAAAUACUACGAUGCAUUUUAGAUGCUUUUUAUCCUUAGAUAUUUUUAAAUUGUCAAGUUACACCCAAACUAAUAUAAUUGUAGAUUUUCUUUUAUUAUGUAGUUAUACAUUUUGUUAAAUUGUUAUGUUUACGUAUUUGGAAUAAUGUUUUUUUUUUUUGGAAAGGCCACCUAAGGGGAUAAUUUUUCAAGAAAUAAGUAGUAUCUUAACAAUAUUUGGAACAUGGAUUAACUUGAAUACAAGGUAUUUGGCCAAUUUUUUUAAUUUUUUUUUACAGACUAAAUGUAUAUUAGGGUGGCGCCCAAAAAAACGAAUAUUUUUUUUCGUGUCUUGUGAAAAUAUGUUAGUUUAUCAUGUUUUAAGAGCCCCUUCAAAAAAUCAA